AUGACGUUGUCGCUCGUACUGCGUCGCGUGCCCCGCGCUGCCCGCUUCGUGCGCAGCCUCUCCACCGCCGCCAGCUCAUCUUCUGAUGCUGCAUCCAGCAACAACUCAGACUCGACCACGACACAUUUCGGUUUUCAGCAGGUGCCCGAAGAAGACAAAGAACGCAUGGUGGCGUCUGUGUUCCAUAAUGUGGCUGAGCAAUACGACGUCAUGAACGACUUUAUGAGCGGCGGCAUGCAUCGCAUCUGGAAGGACUCGUUUGUGGACACUCUUCACCCUGUGGGUCCAUUAAAGUGCCUGGAUGUGGCAGGAGGAACUGGUGACAUCGCCUUCCGUAUCGCUGAGCAAUUAUCGAAGUCUUCUCGAGGCACUGAAGGCUCCGAGAUCACCGUGUGUGAUAUCAACUCGUCCAUGCUGCAAGUGGGUGAGGAACGUGCAGUUAAAGUGCUUCCUGAUGUUGAUCCUUCGCUCUUCCGCUGGGUGGAGGGCAACGCUGAGCAUUUGGACUUUGAGGACAACUCUUUUGACGUCUACACCAUCGUGUUUGGUAUCCGUAACGUAACUCAUGUGGACCGCGCUAUCAAGGAAGCUUACCGUGUACUCAAGCCUGGAGGCCGCUUCAUGUGCAUGGAGUUCAGUCAAGUGCCCAACCCAUUGAUCCGCCAAUUCUACGACGCUUACUCGUUCAACGUGAUCCCGCUGUUGGGCGAGAAGGUGGCGAACGACCGUCCGUCGUACCAGUAUUUGGUCGAGAGUAUCCGUCAGUUCCCGCCCCAGGAGAAGUUUAAAUCCAUGAUCGAAGACGCCGAAUUCAAGCGCGUGACCUACACCAACUUCACGUUCGGAGUGACUGCCAUGCACUCGGGCUUCAAGUUCUAA